AUGGAUAAAGCUUUAUUGGCCGAAAAAACUCAACCGCCAUCAAUCCUUCCAAAACCAACAAGCGUAUCUCACAUGGUUCGGAAGCUGGCCAACACGACAACAACAUUUCAUCAUCAGGUGAGACAACAACAACAACAACAACCACAACAUCUACAACAACUACUAGUACAACAACAGCAGCAGCAGCAACAGCAAGAAACUCGUUGUGAAAGUAACCGCGAAGACAUUGCAAACGAUGCAAAGAUAAAUUUUUCAAGUUUUAUCGAAAAUUUUGAGAACUUAUCACGAUCCAGAAGUCAAGAAAAUAACGCUAACUUCUUGUCUAGAUCGAAAAGCGCUCUGUGUAGGAAAAAUCGUUUCAAUUUAUUUCCCGACACAGGCAUUUGCAACAACAAAUUUGAGGCUAGCAACAACAACGACAACACUGACAACAACAACAACGAUGAUAAUAAAAAUAAUAAUAAUUUCAACCAAAGCAGCAGCGACCACAACGACACGAACGACAAAAGACAAAAAACUGAUAAAAAUAUUUUCAGCGCAUACCGGCGGAACAACAUCGAGCCAGGAAAUGUAAAUAAAAAUUCGGAAAUUGUGGCAGGAUGCAUAUCACCUGCAAACAGCAUCAACAAAAUUAUCAUUAACAACAACAACAACUUUAUUAACAACAACACUAACAACAACAACAUUAACAACAACAACAAAAUUGUAAACAUCAACAAAAGCAAAAGUACCUCAAAUAGCAGCAUUAACAAACAACAACUACGCAGCAACAGCACAAUAACAACACUACAACAAUAA